AUGACGACAUGCAAAUACGAAGAAAAAUGUGAUCUAUCCGAUGAAAAUUAUGAUAAGCAUGAGAAUGCAUUAGAUGAUCUAGCUGAUCGCAUCAAUUCACUCAAUGAUCGCUUAGCAACAUCCAAUAUUGAAAAUAUGAUCAGUGAAUCUCGACAAAAACUUGACAAAUGGCGUUCGGAUUGUUAUCAUUUAAUCGAUCGUUUUUAUGAACAAAAAUGUCGAGAAUUCGAUCGACAUGUUGCUGAAAUUAUUGAUAGACAACGCAAAGAAAUCAAUCGAAUAAGAUCAAAUACAGCUACACAUAUUCAUAAGCAAGAUAUUUUACCUAAAGAUAUUGAUUACAUAACCACAAUUACUGGUCAACUUGAACAAGAUAUCGAUAAAACAAGAGAAAAAUAUCUUCAAAUUAAUAUACAUUUAUUAGAAAUAAACGAAAAUUUAAUUGAAUUUCAAACAACAAACGAUACAUGUAAUACUUCUGUUAUACCACCAUCUUAUAGAACAAUAAAUUAUAUAGAUGAAAGUUCAAAAAUUUUAUGUGCUAAUGAACGUUUUUUAUUAGUACAUCAUGAUUCAAAUUUAUGUUUAUUAGAUAAAGAAUUAAAUAUGAUUAGAGAAACAUUUUGGACGCAUGGCUGUAUUUUGGAUAUAUGUUGGUCAUUAACAUUAGCACGGUUUAUUGUUUUAACACGUAAUUAUUUAUAUCUUGUCGAUGAAAAUACAAUGUCAAUUGUACGUAUACAAAAAGUUCCAAAAUUAUCGUGGUGGUCAUGCACAUAUUCAGAUACAUGCCUAUAUCUAACAACAAAAGAUUGGGGUUCAAAUAUAUGUCAAUUUACUUUAUGGCCAUCCAUUCAACUUGUAAAACGUUGGCAACCACCACAGACAUGUAAACAAAAUGAAACAAUAAACAAUAUUAUGUAUAAUAAAGAACGAAUAGCUUUAAUGAUCUAUAAUCGUUUAACAAAAAGUACAUUAAUCGAAUUAAAAACGGCAACAACAUUCGAUUGUCUAUGGUCACUUAAUCUUGGCAUAGCUUACGAUUGUCGAGCGGCUCGUUGUUGUUUAUUUAAUAGUGAUGAAUGGCUUGUUAUUGAUUGGAAUACAUCAAAUCUUCAUCAUAUAUCAAAUGAUGGAAAAUUAAAAUCAAAAUGUAAAUAUAAUACAUCACCAUCUUGUGCUACAAUGCUAAGCACAAAUAUAUUAGUUAUAUCAACCGUUGAUGCAAUUCAUUUACAUAAACUGUAA